AUGGGUCUCUCUCUGGUCGAGAUUGUGACUCGUGCGAAGGGGUCUGCUAGCACGUACUGCAAGAUUUGUAAGGGUGGAAGAACGCUUUCUGUUGGAAUGACGAAGAAGCUGAGAUCAACUGGCACGACAGUUAUUGUUCAAGACAUAUUCUUCAACCAACCAGUCAGGCGACAGCUAGUGGAGAAGAACUUAUCCAAGGAGAUUCAGAGCAUCAGGGACAGAGUUGGUCAUUUGGCGUUCAUGUAUCCACAAGUUUCAUUUUUGGUGGCGGAUGCUGCUAGGAGCAAGGCUCUGCUAUCAUUGUCUGGUGGAAGGUCCGUGGGCUCCAGUGUAAAAGAUGUGUUUGGAGCUGCCAUUUUCGAGUCAAUGAAAGAGAUUGGCUAUCAGAAGGGUGACUUGAGACUGUCUGGCUUCAUCUCACAGCUUGUGCAACACGAGUCCUCAAGAGAUAUACAAUACCUAUACAUUAACAAGCGGCUGGUGAAGAACACUCGAUUUCACAAGUUGAUGAAUUCCAGCUUCAACACAUCGCUCAGCUUGCUCUCAGAAGCUGAAACAGGCGCCGGGUUAAAUGGUUUUCAGGACUUGAUGUUUGUUGUUAACCUGUCAUGCCCACGGUCCUCCUAUGACAUCACAUUCGAGCCUACAAAGACAUACGUGGAGUUUAAGAACUGGAAGGUUGUUUUGGAGUUUCUUCAAGAGGUCUUGCGUGACGUGUGGCCAUCCAACAAAUCGCCUUUGGCGGAAUCAGGCCCGAUGAUGCAACCGAGGAAGAAGAAAAGUCAGAAGCCAUGGCAGAAAACUGAUCCCACUUAUCGGCCAAGCCAUCCUAUUGCGUUGUCCAGCAAAUCAAGCAAGCACACACAUGGUACCAGCCACCUGCUUCUUAUUGAAGAAUCAGGUGAAACGUCACAUGAAGAAGGUCCGGGGUCGGCGUACAAAGUCAAUCGGUUAAAAUCCACAAGCAAUCUGCGUUCCAGGGCUUGUCAAGCCAACAUCACAACGAGAGAGAGCAGAUACGAAGAGAACACUGACCAAGCUAGGGCGUCCACUUUGCAUGUGGAUCUUGACAACUCAAGCGAGUGCACACCGCGGUCCUUCUCUCAGCAGCACGAUCAUUGUCCAGAACUUUCUCCAUUUGCAUCAGCAAAAGACUCGUUUCUUCUGCCUACAGUAGCGAAAGGGAAUUCGAGUAGGCCUACAAAAGAUCAUGACACGGAGUUUCCUGCUUCCAAUCCGCUUGACUGGUCCCUGGAUCUACGGCUGCACCCAGAUGAGAUGGACCUAGAGACUUCACGGUGCCUCUUUGGAAGAACAGGCCAGGAUGAUCAACAAUCUCCGGAGCCCAUGCCAAAGCGAAGAAAGAAAGUAUCACUGGAAGAAAGACGUCAUUCUGAAGGCGAUGGACUUUCACAUUGGCCGUGCAUGCUUGAUCCAGAAAUGGUAUCAGAUGACUUGUUGCUGGCUGGCAUGGAGGAUAUCCAGGGCAUUCAGCCGCAAAGAUCGAUGAAUGGGUACAGCGAUUCAGCCUCGCUGAAGAUUGCGCCUGAUUUUCCUGCUGUUGGUUCGCUCGAGUUCCAAAAAGCUGUCGAGCUCAUUGAUCCGCUUAUUGAAACCCAGACGGACCCAGCAAGAAAAUCGCAGCAAUGUGCAACGGAGUUGGACAAGCAGAAGUCAUGGGGUCUGGUUGCCUGUGGAGGUGCAUCUGAGACAGCAAAAUCAGCAAAGAAAAGUUAUCAGGAGCAUGGCUUGACCCGUGGAGCUCUGGCUGCUUCGCCUUUGGUGAUUGCAGAGGAAACAGGCAACAAGCCGAAGGAUGCAUGUGCAUUGUCUAUGGCUGAGAAGACUGCUGGACCAGUGGAUCGGAGAGAAGAAUCCGUACCAGCACCAGCGCAUCUGGCUAUUGUAGAAGCUCAUCACGCUGAUGAAGUAGCAGGCUGUUGUUGCUCAUCCAAGUGGAGAGAUGGGCAUGCGCCUGCAUGCACUGAUAAGAACGAUCCAGGCUUGACAAAGUCUGUGAAGGAAAUGUACAAGCAUUGGUGCAAGACCAGCCUUGGCGAGAAGGAAGAGGUGGAGCCAGAAAUUCUUGACUUACAGACACUGGCUUCCAGGUCCAUGCAGUUUGAUAGUCACAGAAGGCAACGUCGCCCCCUGAUUCCAACCUCUGUUUCCAAAGAGACUCUGCUUCAGGCAAAGUGCUUGAAGCAGGUGGAUGGGAAGUUCCUGAUUGCCACUUCUGGCUCAACCCUGGUGGCCAUUGAUCAGCAUGCGGCAGAUGAAAGGGUUUGUCUCGAGGAGCUACGCAAGGAGGUUUUGGAGAAUCAGUCAGCCGUGGUGCCACUGCUCCUUGAUACACCCUCUGACUUGCCAAUCACAGCUGGGCAAGAAGGGUGCCUGAGGUCAUAUAAAAGGCAAAUAGAACGAUGGGGAUGGCGUUUUAAGCUCUCUACAACAGGUGACGCAGAAAAAUCUUUCAGCACACAUCGUUCGACUCAAAUGGGAGCUGAUGCUAUGGCUAUGCUUAGCCAAUCAAGGCGUCCAGGAAAAUCUCAGUGCACGCCCUCUCGACUUAUUGUACUCGCGGUUCCACACUUGCUGGGCACCUCUCUACGUGCAGAAGACAUCCUCGACUACUUGCUGCAGGUAAUUGGACGUGCCAUCAUGUUUGGAGACAUGCUGAAGCUAUCUGAGAGCUCCCAGCUCAUUGAAUGUUUGAAGCACACACAGCUGCCCUUCCAGUGUGCACACGGGAGGCCAACCAUGGUUCCACUUGUGGACCUUGAAGAGCUGAAGCGAUUGGUUGAAGGCAUCGAGUUGCAGGGCAACCAGAAGGAGUUGGUGAGGACUUGCGUCUAG